CUCGGCUCGGCUCAGUUCAGCUCAGCUCGGCUCGGCUCGGCUCAGCUCAGCUCGGCGCUCCUCCGCGCCGCCGCCAGCAGCCGGCUCUCCUUCUCCGCCGCUCGGCUCGGCUGGGGCAGGGCCGCGCCGCCCUGCCCGGCAGGAGGUGGGACCAGCCCCGGCGCUGCCGCCCGCCUCCUCCCUCCCUCUCUCCCUCCCCAGGGCUGAGCCAUUCCGGGAAGGCGCCGGCUCCCCCACCGCUCCUCGGCAGCGCCGCACCGGCAUCGGCCGCCGCCGCGCCGGGCUCGGCCCCACGUCGCCGCGGGGCUGCGGACGAGCUGCGGCGGAGCGGGGCAGCGGCCGCGGCGGCGGGUGCGGGGUGCCCGGUCUCCCGCGGCGGCGAGCGGCGGGCGGCGGGGGGGCGGGAGGGCAAGUGGACGGAGUGCCCGGGAACGAGGGGGGGGACACCGGCCGCCGCGUAGUUGUUUUGCCCGGGGUAAGUUGGCCGAUCCCCUGUGGAGGCUUCGCUUGGAGGGGGGCAGCGCUUGGCUUUUUUCUUUUUUUUCCUUUUUUUUUCUCCCCCUCUAGGUUUUGUUGUUUGGGGGUUUAUUUAUUUAUUAUUUUUUUAAAAUUUAUUAUGGGGUCUGUGGGGGAGCAGAUCUUCCAGUCCGGUGUUGCUCUUUUUCCUUAUCCAAUGCUCUGCGGAGAACUAUAAUAUUUCUUCCCCGAGAUGCUGCAGUGAAUUUUAGUCCCAGGAAAUCAGGCGAACAAAAUAAUCUGAAUAACCCGAACCAUUUGUUACCGUGUGAGAGCAAACGCUGCCUAGGCACAGAUGAUGGCAAAAAAUUCCCUGGAAGGGUCUAAAGAAGACCUGAGCAAAAUUUCAGAAGAGGAGAUGCUGAGGUGGAGCAAGGAAGAGCUGGUGAAAAGACUGAGGAAAGUGGAGAAUGAGAAGAUGAACUUAAUGGUGGAACAUGGCAACUUAAUGAAGGACGUGAACCGGCGGCUGCAGCUCCACCUGCAUGAGAUCCGUGGGCUGAAGGAGGUGAACCAGAAGUUGCAGGACGACAACCAGGAGCUGAGGGAGCUCUGCUGCUUCUUGGAUGACGACCGGCAGAAAGGCAAGAAGCUGUCGAGGGAAUGGCAGCGCUUCGGGAGGCACACGGCCAGCGUGAUGUGGAAGGAGGUGGGCAUGUAUCAGCAGAAGCUGAAGGACCUGGAGGCGAGGCAGGAGACCCUCCUGCGGGAGAACGUGGAGCUGAAGGAGAUGGUGCUCAUGCUGGACGAGGAGCGGAGCGGGGCCGGCUCGCGGAGCUCCAUCGACAGCCAGGCCAGCCUGACCAACCUCAACGGUGGCUCGGCCACAAGGGACGUGGGGGACGGGAGCAGCACCUCCAGCACGGGCAGUGCGGGCAGCCCCGACCACCAUCACCACCACAUCCACCACCACAAGGCUGGCGACAGCAAGGCCGGGGCCAUGCGGAGGUCUAUGGAUGACCUGUCCGCACCCCUUCACCACCGGAGCAUCCCCAACGGCCUCAAUGAUUCGUCUUCCAACUAUAUCAGGCAACUUGAAACAAAAGUGAAACUGCUGGAGGAUGACAACAAGCUUCUUUCCCAGCUGGCUGACUGCAACAGCUUCCCACGAAAUUUCAGUAAGCAGUCCAGCACGGGGGACCUGAGGACUCUGAGGAAAGGGUUGUCUCCGUACCACUCUGAGUCGCAGCUCUCGUCACUGCCGCAAUAUCAAGAUGCCCUGCAAAAUGGACCGGCUCGCAUGACAUCCGAUCUUGCAUCCUCUCCUGCAGCAGGAUAUGUCCCUGUUGGUCAGAAACCAGAGGCGGUUGUGCACGCUAUGAAGGUCCUUGAGGUCCAUGAAAAUUUGGACAGACAAAUGCAAGACAACUAUGAAGAAGACCUGAGUGAAAAGGAGAAGGCGAUUGUUCGUGAAAUGUGCAAUGUUGUCUGGCGAAAGCUGGGUGAUGCUGCGAGCUCCAAACCCUCCAUCAGGCAACAUCUUUCAGGAAACCAGUUCAAGGGUCCCUUGUAGGAAGACUGUCCCGGAGGCUGGAAGUGAUUGAUUCUGUGAAGACUAAAGAGGCAGAGCUUAGCGUUUCUGGCUGCCUGUUCUUUGGGAAUUGGGGUUGAGGUUUUUUUCAGGGUUUCCUUUUUUUCUUUUUUUUUGGCUCUUUUUGUAACAAUAGUGUAAAUAUGGCAGCUAAAAGCCUGAUUUCCAGGCUGUGGUGCUCUGGAACUACUGUUCAAUGGGUAACCAUCCAAUAAUGCCAGACUUGCAUCAUUUGUAUUGUAGUUCAAACCUGCUUUGUUGUAAUGGUCUGUUUGUAGAAUUAAUUAAUUCGAGAAAAUUUCUAAGAGGAACAAGAAGAACCCUUAACCCGCAGAGGUGUCACAGUUUGUAUCGCUCCGGUCCACCCGCUUGUCAAUGAUUCAUAGCUGAGUUAGUGGCUCCAGCCAGCACCUUCCAAGGAAAGAGCAAUUUGAAUUUGUUGGCUUACUGCCUACCAAGCUCCUGAGCUGCUAACACUUUUUUUUUGGAGGUCUUUUUAUUUUGAAGAAUGACAUGCAACUGUUUUUCACAAGGCGCUGUGUACAAUACUGAGUGGUGAGCUAAAAACAGUGGUACCACUCUGUAGAUUGUAUGGUGGUGCUUAUUACACAAGCGUACAGAAAGGCUUGAGACUCACUAUCAGCUGUUAAUGAAAUAUUUUCAUGAACAAAUGACACAAGAUUUCUACAGUCGUAAUGUGAAUGAAGUCACUUAGCCACACACCAGUAUUCCCUACAAAUAUGGCAACACUUUUCCUGUAAAGCUUUUACUACAAAAUAACUCAGCAGAAACUGCCAUCCUAACAGUGCUUAUGGCUUUCACGGGAUUUUGGAGAGCAGCUCAUCUUUCACAUAAGGAAGAUUUGGGUAUUUUUUUUUAAUGUUCUUGCUGGAUCCCUCACUUGUACUGGUUCCUGUGUAAGGCAACUAAACAACAACCUUGCAGAACUGAAUAAAAAUUCCAUAAACAUGGACUGUCAGGUGAGACUACUUCCUGCCAUUCAAGCUUUAUUUUUGUUAAUGAACCAAAACAAGUGGGUUUUUCUGUCUUCUAAUGGUUGUAUAUAAAACAACGGGACAUAUUUUGCUAUUGUGGAAUAGCUGCUUGUAUAGUUGUAAGAAUUUGACCCCCUUCUUUUCCAAGUUGUCACAGCAGCUGUCCCUGUAUUUUAUUAGAUAUUCUUUCCCAAUAGUCCAAGGAAGCAGGGCUUGUUUAUUAACAUAAUUGGUGUAAAAUAAUUUUAAAGACAGGCAUGUGAAAAGAUCAAAGCCUCCUCUUCAAAAGUUGCAUCCAUUUUAGUGGUUAGUACAAAGAUUUAAUGACCUUAAACACCAUCACUUUCCUUUUAUUCUCUGUAAGAAUCAGCCACAGCUACAGACAGCUGCAUUAGCUGGACAGGUUCUUCCUCUUAUAUUAAUUCAUUUUACCCGUUGAGUUCUUGACUUGUAGUAUUGUGUUAACUUGGAGCACCGAUAUAAUACCAAGGAGCCCAUGCUGCAACUUAUGAAAAGUAAUUGGUCCCAUGGUGUACAAUAAUCUAGCUGCCUGGGGAAAGAAUUUGGAGUGUCACAGCCCAGGCCUGUAACCAGUAAAAAAACAGAGAAGGAAUGCAACCAAAAGACCUACUAACCAGUAAGAUUAGGCACCACUGCAUUAUUCAUUGCAGAAAUGAAAAUGUAGCAGUUGAGUAGGUUAUUUGAAAAAAAACUAACCACAAGAACCACCCCCCAAAAUGCACACGUGUACUCUCACUCACAUGCUCACCAGUAGUUUUCCUUACUGCUGCUCAGUCAGCGAACGCUGAGCUAGCUAUCUCUAAGUCUAAUGAUAUUUACACCCAGUGUGUCUGGAAGAAUCCAGCCUAGAGUCUGACUGUCUCCUUUAAAAUAACGGCAUCUUUAGAGGAUUCCGGAUUUCCUCCUCUUUGCUUUUUGUUUUGACGCCCAGUUUGUAGUCACCAUUGAUUACUUGUCUUCCUCCUGUACAAUGUAUGAGAUUUUUGUACCAGAAAAGGUGAUGUAAAGCAGAGGCAUCAUUCUUCUGUAACAUCUAAUGCUGAACAGAGAGUUACUUUAUCUGCUGGAAAGCCCAUUUUAAUUUUGGUGGCAUCUUAUCGCUGGAUUAAGCAGAGAAUUUAAGCAUAUUUGGAUUCACAUCAGUGAAUUUUAACUAAAGCACUGCAAAUGUUGCCCGCGCUCAUAGAGAGUUAAUUGUAUUGAUGACGUGCUUGCUAUUUUGGGAGUAUAUUAGACUAGCCGGUGCUCUCAACAAGAGCUAUACUAAUCAGAUUACUAGUCUCACCAGCUAUGUAAUUCCCGUUCAAAUAUUCCCUGCUAUCAAAUCUCUCUGAAAAUCUGUUCAAUGACUGCAAGCAAAGCUUGUUUUGUUCCACCUGCAGACCUCACCUACAAAGGAAAUCGUGGUGCAGUUGAGGUCCCUUAGUGCUGCAAAUCCUGAAGAGCCAGUGUACAGGGUAGCCAGCAGUUCAGCUGAACAGUCAACACUCUUAGGGGAAACCCUUUAAGAUUCUAUUUGGCAGCAUGAAUUUUCAAUGUAAGAUGCGCAUCCUUGAUUUUGCAGAUGAACAUGACAGUGCUGUACGUUGGGGUGUUAUUUUGGGGGUUUUUUUAGGCUUGCUGCUCUUCCUGCUUAGCUCCCUUUUGAGCUAUGAAGUGUCUUCCUGGGGUAAAAUGACACUCAAUGACUUUACAGGAUGACUUGGGUGCUGAAUUUUCAGUUGUCUAAACAAAGAUGUUUUAUAUGCAUAUUUAAAUUCACUUACCUAUGCGCUAAGUCUUCAGUGAGAACUACCUGAGGAGCUUUGUACAUUAAGUUGGAGGGGAGCAUCCCUCUAAAUAGCGGCCAUUAAAUUGAUGUAUUUGAGGCAACAGUCCAAGUUGAUUUCCUCAAGAUAGAAGCCCUGGGUUCUGCAAUCCUCUGGCAAAGAAAGCAUCCACUGUUUACAACUGGACUUUGCUUGCUUAAGGGAAGUAAAAAUCACAUCCUUGACUUUUGUUGGAGUGACUGAAGUGAACGGCAUUUCCAUAAAGUUUCUGAAAUGCUGUGGUGUAACCACCUUCAGUUGGCUCUUUGCACCUUGACUAAGACUGCUGAGCACAACCUUGUUUGCAAAUGGCACAUUUUUAUCCAAAUAUUAGAUAUUAAAAGAAAUCAGUGUUAAAGUGACCUUUUAUCUUUUUAGAAACUGUGGGGGAAGAGUACUACUGAUCUUUUUCAAAGUGCAUGACUGUAAAGUGAUAAAAUUGUAUAUUUUUCAUAAUGUGGGGAAAGUCUAUUUGUGCUGCUUUAGAAAUCAGUUUAAAGUUUGAUUUCUGUUAAACCUGUGAUCUUACAGCCCUGCUAUAUUUUCUGUAUAUGAUUUACAAAGAACUGGAAAAGUUAGCACCUGCUGUUGUGUAUAUAGCAAAAUUCUUUAGACCUUAGCACGCGUUUUUACCUAUUAUUGAACCACUCUGGCUUUUUUGGGGAGGGAAAGUAAUAGUACAGAUUUUUUUGAUAAUGUGUGUAAAACAUUCAUUUGAAAUAUUUUAGUAAAAACGAAGUAAGAGAUUGAUUGUGAUAGUGUAUACUUCUAGUUGAAUAAAAUAAAAUACAUUCUUUUUAAAUAAACUGAUGAAUAAGA